ACAAGUAGCUGGUGAAUGAAACUAACAAUUCUGCCACUCUUGACAGAUGAAGAAGAUCGGAUUAUCCUUCAGGCCCAUGCUGUUCAUGGGAACAAAUGGGCAUCAAUUGCAAGACUUUUGCCAGGUAGAACAGAUAAUGCCAUUAAAAAUCAUUGGAAUUCAACCUUGAGGCGCCGCUGUGCCGAACUUGGUAAGUUAAGAAGUGACUCCAGCAAUGUUCCAGAAGAUGUUAGUGCAGAAAAAUCAAAAGUAUCCUCUGAGGAAACCCAAUCAUGCGGUGAUGUGAAUUCUUCGAAAGCUAUAGAAGGAAAAGAUGUUAGCUCUCAGGAAAACCAAGAAGAUAAUCACUAUGAGGAUAAGAGUCACGAAGAAGUUCAACGGAGUGAUGUAGCAAAUGAUCCUCCUACUCUCUUCCGUCCUGUGGCUCGUAUAAGUGCUUUUAGCGCAUAUGGUUCUUUGAACGCCCCAGAAACCCUAGUGCAAACUCCACGACUAACUCCUAUCCAAUCGCCAGAUCUUGGGAUAAGCAAAUUGCUUGAAGGAGCUUUCAGUGACAGAUUAGUGCCUCACCAGUGCGGCCAUGGCUGUUGUGGCAAUGCUAGUCUGGAAAAUAAUGGAAGUUCUCUGUUGGGACCUGAGUUUGUUGAUUACGCGGACGCUCCAUCCUUCUCAAGCCAUGAGUUGGCCACAUUAGCCACAGAGAUAAGUAAUGUUGCUUGGUUUAAAAGUGGAUUGGAAAACAGCAGCAUCGAGGUUAUAUUCAAUCCAGCAACCAGGGGAACGUGUGGUACCUCUCACUUGCCAAGCAGACCAUUCUAAUCUUUCAAAUAAAUAACCAUAUAAAUUUAAUUUUUGAAAUGAUGAUGGAUCUAGUGUCGGCGACUAGUAGGGACAGCUACCGUGAAUAUAAAAGAUUUUGAGGCGGAGUUGAUUUAAGUGAAUGCUUAUGAAGUAUAGGAUAAAGAGAAGAAGCUGGGUACCUGAUUUAGUUAGUUUAUAUACUGAACUCUGGUUGAAAAGGGUGUAUAUGAUUUAUUUUCCCUUAGGCCUUCAUUUAUGAGAGGUGUUGAAGAAUUUUUCUUAACCUAGUUAGAUGAAUCCAAUUUUAUGAUUUGAAACUAAUAUGUUGUAAUUUAACAACAAUGAUGAUUUUUAAAGAGAGUGGUUCCUUGUUCCCUUAACUUAUCGUCCUCAAAAAUUGUAUCAGUAAUGAGGUAUUAGCCCAGUUGGGAUGGCACAAGUAAAGAGA